AUGCCUGUGAUUCAAGUGAAUGGAGCGAUUCCAGAGGAUUUCUCUUGGUUUUGUGAGCCAUCGAAACAUCGUGUAGAGGGUGACAAGAUUAUCAUUGUUCCAGAUUCCGGAAGUGAUUUUUGGCAACGCACACACUACGGAUUCCGCAACAACAACGGACACUGCUUGUGGACGGACCGAUCGGGCGAUUUUGUGUUGAAAACCCAUGUGAAGUAUCAUCCCAAUCACCAGUUUGAUCAGGCUGGAUUGGUUGUGUACUUCACGGAGGAUUUUUGGGUUAAGUGCUCGGUUGAGCAUGAACCUGACGCGCCUUACAAUCUGGGAUCUGUAGUCACCAAUCUGGGUUAUUCCGACUGGGCUACACAGCCUUUCACUAAGAAGGAGGUCGACAUGGAGUUCAUGAUCAAGCAUGUGAAGCAGGACUUCGAGAUUUACUGCAGAGAGUACGGAGCUGAGAAGUGGCAACAGCUGCGCAUUUCCAGACUGGAGUUGCCAUUGGAUACGGUGUUCCAUGUGGGAAUCUACGCUUGUAGUCCAAAGGAAGGAGGAUUCGAGGCUGUCUUUGAUAACAUCGAAAUCGACUCGUAUUAUGUUUGUUGGAAACAGCCGUUCAAGAGUAAUGCUGCAUACAUUCUUUGUAUACCUUUUCGAUAUCCAUUCCUUUUGUGUUAA